CUACAAAAUAAUGAAUCAAAUUUAUCAACAGUUAUAGAUUUGCCCUUAUUAUAUGGCUUUUUCCUAAUAGAAAAUUUAAGAAGAAUUCAAUGGGAUAAUGAAAUUAGAUUAAUAGCUACAAAGACUGCUGAAAAUUUUGCCUCAAUAGAGGAAAAAGAAUUAAAUUACAGAAAUAUUUGGGUCAAAAAUUAUGGUCUUAUUUUAAAAAUCCUAAAUUUGGAAUCAAUCUUUUUAAUGAAUAAUCUAUCCUCUAUCGAAAUAACAACAAAUAAGGAUAACACAAUAAAACAAAUAAAUUUAAAUAUUUCAAAAAAUGAUAUCCUAAAUUAUAUAGAGAAUUUGAAAAAUAUUCAAAUCUCAAAUGAAUCAAUAGAUUUAUUACUAAAAAAUUUAAAUAAUUUAGAAAAUCAAAAAGUAAACUUAAAUUCAAAAUUUAACCCAUAUUUAAAUAUGAAUAUCUCAAAAGAUCAAAAUUCUAUUGAUAAUCAGGUCAUUCAAGGUUAUGAAUCAAGAAUUAAAAAACUUGAAAGCUUACUUCAUCAACAUAAGUAUAAAAAUUUAAACCAAUGGCCAAUAUUAUUUCCAAAUAUAAAAUCAAAUUCAUCUACAAGCUUGAAAACUUUAAACAAAACUAAUAAUAAUUCAAGUAAUCAACUUAAUAGUUCUUCAAUAUUUACCGAUUUUAAUAACCCGGCAAUAUUGCAAUUACAAAGACGUUUGAGUUUGCAAAAUCAAAGAUCAAACUCUACUGUAUCCUUAAAUAAAAUAAGCACCAUAACCACGAUUGAUACCUCAAAGAUUACCUCAAACUCGCAUCAAAGAAGAAAAUCUUCUUUAGAAAAGACAACAGAUUCUAGUGAUUUUCAAGCAGAUUUUUCCGCAUUAGAAGAGGAAAAUAACUUGAAAAGUAUUGAAAUUGAAAAAAUGAAAAUUGAGAUGAAUGAUAAGGAACUUGCUAUUAAAAAUAUAAAAGCUGAGAUAGCAAAUAGAGACAUCAUCAUCAAGACGAUAGAAAGUGAGAAAACCGAUAAAGAUUCCCAUAUGUCAUUAUUAAACGACCAAAUAAAGGACAAAAAUUUCCAAAUUAAUGAGUUGAGCAAACAAAUUGACAUUAAAUCUUCUGAGAUUAACGAAUUACAUAAAGAAAUAAACAAACAAAAAUCUGCUUUCAAAAAUAUAAAAGAAAGUUAUGAUGAAAUCAAUUCUAUGAAGCAAGAUUUAUUAGCGAAUAUGGCAUCGAAAGAAGUGGAGGUCACAAAAGAAAGAAAUGAGUUGGAAAACGAACUUUCAAAUUUGCAAUUAAAAAUUGAGAAUCUUGAGGAUAUUGAAGAUGUUUUAGAAAAACUAAACAAAGAUUUAGCGGCAAAGAAUUCGCAAUUAAUUAAUGUCACUUUGCAACUACUGGAAUUAUCCGAUAAUUUUAUUGUUAAAUUGAAGAACUUAAGUCAUCUUUUAUUCAAAAAUUUUUCUGUUUUCUGUAUAAGCUUAGAGUCUAUGGGAUUACUAUUAACCAAAAGUAGCAUGAAUAACUUGAAAAGUUUUAUAAACGGAAAUUUUGCUGGUUCAAAUCAGUAUGUUAAAAUUGUGAGGGUAAAAGGAUUGAGAAACAAAAUUAAAAAUCAAAAAGACGACGAUGUUAACAAUGUUAAUUCCAUUUUAGUUGGUGAAGCGGAAAAAGCUUUGGAAUGGACAAAGCCUCAAACUCAAGGUGAAGCUUCUGCAUCAUUAUCAUCAGAUAAAGUAAUGGCUGCUAAUGAAUCUAUUCAAUCAGCAAUUGACUCGCCAAUAAAUUUUGAUGUACAUUAUCAAAAUACAGAAAACAUUCAUGCUAGUGUUGACUCGCAGGCCAUUAGUAUCACCAAAAUCGAAAACAAAGCCAGUUUUUUACUCGAAAAUUACAAUAAUUCCGAAUUUGAGUCAGGUUAUUUGCAGUUUCUAUCUUCAAUUAAUGUAGAUAGUGAGCUUAUAACUGCAUCUAUUUCAAAAAGAUUUUUAGAUGUUGAACAUCUAGCUAAGAAGUUGCAAAAAGAAUCAAGAAGCCAAAAAGAAAAUUUCAAUACAUUGAUGCUGAGUUUCAGAAGCAAAGUUUCCAUCAAAAGCUUUCAGCCAGAUGACUUGGUUUUAUUUUUGCCAACAAGAGAUGUAAAUGAUAGUGUUGCAGAGUCAAACAUUUCAAAUUCUAGUUAUGAUAUUAGUGGAAUUGAAAAUUCUUAUAAUAGAAUUGUAAGUGGACACUUUUGGACAGCAUUCAAUAUUGGUUGCCCACAUUAUUUUUUAAAAGAAGAAGAUCCCAAGGUUCUUUUAGGGCGAGACUGGGUGUUGGUUAGAAUAGUCAGUAUUACAGAACAUGCAGUUACGAGUGAAAAUCAUAAGAAUCCCACUGAAAAUCCAUUUUCAUUAAGUCAAGGAAUUAUAUGGUACCUUGUUGAGGCCCAGGAAGAG